UCGAUAAAACGAGUAGUCGAAUCCCGUCUUUAUUUUUUUUAUUGUAAAUAAGAAGUUAUUAAUUCUACAAUUCUUUGUUUUAUUAAAAGGAGAAAACAGUCAUGGCUGAUUCUGGAGAAAGAGACAACGAAGACCAUCAAGAGGAAAAUCACCAACUUUCAGUUGUUGCUGCGAAUUGCGAGCAGGCUGCCUCCCAGCCCAACAUCAUACCCGGCGAAAAAGUAUCUUCCAUUGAAGAAGUGGUUCAAAAUGACCCGGAUUGUUAUGAAUUGGAUUUAAAUCACCAUCGCAUUGAUAAACUUGAAAAUCUGGAACCAUUGACGCAAGUCGAGCGUCUAUACUUGCGCUGGAAUUUGAUAAAGAAAAUUGAGAAUUUGCACACCCUCACCACACUGGUUGAACUGGAGCUAUACGACAAUCAAUUAACAAAAUUGGAAAACCUAGAUGCAUUGGUUAAUCUGGAGAUAUUGGAUGUAAGCUUUAAUCGCUUGACCAAAAUUGAAAAUCUCGAACUACUUACUAAGCUGGAAAAGUUGUAUUUGGUUUCAAAUAAAAUCACCCAAAUAGAAAAUAUUGGCAUGCUGACUAAUCUCACCAUGCUGGAGUUAGGUGACAAUAAGAUAAAACGCAUUGAGAAUCUAGAUAAUUUGGCUAAAUUGCGUCAAUUGUUUUUGGGUAAAAACAAAAUAGCCAAAAUUGAAAAUCUUGAUAAAUUGGUUAAUCUAGAGAUUCUCAGUUUGCAAGCAAAUCGUAUAGUUAAGAUCGAGAACCUGGAGAAACUCGUCAAUAUGUCGGAGUUAUAUCUUUCGGAAAAUGGUAUUGAGAAGAUUGAGAAUUUGAAUUCAAAUACUCAAUUGGAUACAUUGGAUUUGGCCAAGAACCGCUUGAAGGCAAUUGACAACAUAGAAUGCUUGGAGCAGUUGGAGGAACUGUGGCUCAAUGACAACUCCAUUGAUGAUUGGAAAAAUGUUGAAAUGCUUAAAGAAAAUAAAUCUUUAAAAACCGUUUAUUUGGAACACAAUCCUAUAUCUAAAGAUGUAAUGUAUCGACCUAAACUCAAAGAUAUUGCACCUUGGUUGCAAAAAAUCGAUGCCACACUAUGUCGAUAGUUGUUAUACGUCCAACAUCUCACACACAUACAUAUAUAUGACCAUCCCAUUCAUUUAUAAUUUCGAAAGAAUUCAAAAAAAGAAAACCAAGUAUGCCUACCUAUCUAUAUUACCCGUGAUUUUUCGUAUGAAUAUGUAUGCAUGUUUCAACCCAAAUAAAUGUGUGUAUUUAUAUGAAUGUA